AUGUUAUUCAAUGGUGUUUUAUCUCAACAAGGUAUAUUUGAUCCUAGUAUAUUUACUGAAGCAAGUUGUACAGACAAUUAUAAAUGGUCAACAUGGUUUGACACAAAUGAUCCGAAUCUGUCACAAGGUGAUGUUGAAAUAACAAGUCAUAUUCAAAAAUUGUUUCCUAAUUUUAUGUGUUCAUCACCAACUGCUAUUGAAGGUCAAACAUCAUAUGAUGCAAAUCCAGCAACUACUGGAGACGCAUUUCGUAUAUCUGUCAAAGAUGGAUUUUUAUGUUUAAAUCAACAAAUCAACUUUUAUAAGGACAGAAUCUGUCAAGAUUACAAAGUUCGUUAUUGUUGUCCAGCUAAUUCUAUUUAG